GGCCCUGGAUUACUGUCACAGCAUGGGGAUCAUGCACAGGGACGUCAAACCCCACAACGUCAUGAUAGACCACCAACAGAAAAAGCUGCGGCUCAUAGACUGGGGUCUGGCCGAAUUCUACCAUCCAGCUCAGGAAUACAAUGUCCGUGUGGCCUCUAGGUACUUCAAAGGACCAGAGCUCCUUGUGGACUACCAAAUGUAUGACUACAGCUUAGACAUGUGGAGUUUAGGCUGUAUGCUGGCAAGCAUGAUCUUCCGAAAGGAGCCCUUCUUCCAUGGCCAGGACAAUUAUGAUCAACUGGUUCGCAUCGCAAAGGUCCUGGGCACAGAUGAGCUGUAUGGGUAUCUCAAGAAGUACCACAUAGAACUGGACCCGCACUUCAAUGAUAUCCUGGGCCAGCAUUCCCGGAAGCGCUGGGAGAACUUCAUCCACAGUGAGAACAGACACCUGGUCAGUCCUGAAGUCUUAGACCUCCUGGACAAGCUCCUGCGAUAUGACCAUCAACAGAGGCUGACGGCCAAGGAGGCAAUGGAGCACCCCUAUUUCUAUCCAGUGGUGAAGGAGCAGUCCCAGCCCAGCUCAGAAAACGCUGUGCUCUCCAGUGGCCUGACAACAGCGCGAUGAAGACUGGAAAACGACGGGUCUGAUGCUGUUGCUCCCAAUUUUCCAUAAGCAGAACGAGAAUGGAGUCAAACCUCCUCUUGGCGC